ACGCGACGCGACGCGCUCCCGCCCACGAUGACUUCACGUCCGCCCAAGUCAGCGAUGGCCGAGGCGUCGUUCUCGACCAGCAACCAUUCCGUCAACCGUUCUGGGCGCAGUCGUAGCACAAGACAUCACUAGUGCUCCAUGUCGAGCGUCGCGGACAACAGCUCCAUCGCGGGCGGCGAAAGCAGCGACGAGGGUGACUGGGAACCAGUGGACGUUGCUGGCGCGUACGACAUCCAACUCGAUGAUGAACCUGAGGCGGGACUGUCGACUGCGCGGGGACAUCUUGAGAUUACGAUUCAGUCUGCACAAAAGAAGGGAAAAGAUGACGAGAAUCGAAAGAGGGUCAUGUCGCAAGCCGAACGUGUGAUGCGCAUCAAUUGUCAUAAGAUACAUACCGUUGCCCUAAUAUCGAAUGCCUCUAUACGAAACAAGUGGCUAAAUGAUCCCUUGCUGCAUGCUCGUCUCAUGUCGCUCACCCCGCUCGCGCUCCAAAACUCGUUCACCAUGAUCACCAAGUCUCGCAUCCCUGAGGCCGUCAAGCGAGGCCGUCUGUUCGAGUCCGCCGUGUCUCGCCUCGUCGAGUGGUGGGUCCAGUUCUUCGAAGUCAUCCCCGAAGGACACAUCCGCAGUCGCACGUUCGACGAGGUUCGCGCGGAGUCCGCGAGGCUCGAACGUGAGAAGCGAAAGAAGGCGAAGGGCAAGGGCAAGGCUCGUGCCCAAUCUAGCGACGAAGACGAAGAGGAGGCUGAGUUGAUUCGGAGCGCCAAGAGUCUGAUGAAGCACGCGUUGAUGAGAGAGGGAUCGCGAGACGUCAGUGCACAACUGUUUACUGCGCUCUGCAGAGCGCUCGGAAUACCCGCCCGACUGGUUGUAAGCCUUCAGAGCGUGCCCUGGCAAGCCGGAGUAGGCAAACCGAAGCCGACUACCGCAAAAAGGAAGAAGAAGAAAACAGCGGCCACUGCAAACGAAGAGUACGACGACGACAUGGAGGAAGUCGAUAUACCGGCCAAAACUUGGGAUGAGAAACAAAGGGAUUUGGCCUUCCCGGGGGAUGGGGGUCGGUUAGACGGAAGUAGCUCGUCAUCGGCGAAGGGCAAGGGCAAGGCAGCCCCUCCUGUCAUCAAACUACGGAAGAGCAAGCCCAAGGGUAACCGGCUGGACUCUACCCCGCCUACACACCAAGAGCCGGAAUCCCCUGACCCGCUGGAAACGCCGCCCGUGUUUUGGACAGAAGUUUUCUCCAAGCCGGAUGGACGCUGGAUACCGGUUGAUCCUAUUCGUUGCAUCGUCAACAAACGCAAAGCUUUCGAUCCGACACCGGCUUCGGGUCCAGCCGCAGGUCCCACUUCGGAGCUUUUUGCGGCUGCUGGAGGUGCCGAUCUGUACGGGACACCGGCGACUCCCACGACCGCUCGUCAAGGGCGUACGAAGGUCGAGAAUAGAAUGAUGUACGUGGUCGCGUUCGAGGAGGAUGGCCACGCGCGCGACGUGACUCCUCGCUAUGCAAGGCAGUUCGGGGCGAAGGUGGCGAAGCUGCGCGGCGGAGGCAAGGCGCGAGAACUCUGGUGGGACAGUAUCAUGUCGGUCUUUACCAGGCCUUACCGUCUGCAAAGAGAUGAUGUGGAGGACGAAGAAUUGGAGAUCAACCAGAUGACGGAGGCCAUGCCAACCUCCAUGGCAGGAUUCAAAGACCACCCAUUAUACGUCUUGGAGCGACAUCUGAAGAGGGACGAAGUCAUCGAACCGCGGACUGAGAUCGGCAAAUUCCGCGGCGAGCCCGUAUUUCCGAAGUCGAACGUGAUCUCUCUAAAGACCGCCGAAAAUUGGAUGCGUAGCGGGCGAAAGGUCAAGGAAGGCGCGCAACCCAUGAAGUGGGUGAAGCAGACCGCGGUGACAGUCAAUAAGCGGCGGGCCAUCGAGAUGGCUCUUGCCAACGCGGCAGAAAAUGGUCAAGGACAAGGCAACGAGAACGUGCCCAAGCAGGGGUUAUAUGCGCGUAGUCAGACCGAACUCUACCGACCGGAACCAGUUAUAGACGGUAUCAUUCCAAAGAAUGAUUUCGGUAACAUCGACCUUUAUGUCCCAUCUAUGCUACCAGAAGGCGCGGUGCACGUUCCACUUAAGGGCACUGCGAAAAUUGCACGACAGCUCGGUUUUGAUUACGCUGAGGCUGUUACGGGCUUUGAGUUCAGGAAACGACGAGCAAAUCCGGUGAUCACGGGCAUCGUUAUCGCGGCGGAGAACGAGGAGGCAUUGCUGGAGGCGUAUUGGGAAGCGGAAAAGGUGGCCGCCGAGAAAGCCAAAGCCAAGAAGCAUGAUCAAAUUCUGAAGCGCUGGACCAAACUGGUUCAAGGUUUGCGUAUUCGCCAGAGGAUGCUGGAGCAAUACUCUACAGGCGAUACCGAGAAGGCGGAGAAGUCAUUGGAGAUCACAAUCUCCACUGAGCAGCACGAAGCGGGAGGUUUCCUGACCGAGGCAGACGAUGUCGCGCAGGCUGAUCUUGUGGUUCAGCCGUAUCACAUGCCCAAGUACCAGUACUCAGAGACGCAGCCUCUUGCUUCGACGUCUCUCGGAUUCGGAAACGCGUCGCGACGGGCUCCAGACAUCCUCGAUGUUCAGGACGACGCGGAGAGUCUGAAACCACUCGAUGACACAGUGAAUGCGGAGGAGCCGGACGAGGACGAGGACAUGGAAGAUGUCUUCGUCACGUCUGAUACCAUCGUCCAAGCGAACGGUGGGCCCCUGACCAUGGAACAACUCGCCUCUACUACCGCGAAACGCGCGGUCGGCGGAACCACGGCACGGUCCAGCCGGAUAGCUUCGUCUGCCGCUAGCUCUGCCCGGUCCAGUCCGCAACUCAACGGGAGGAAGACGAGGGGAUCAUCAGCCAGGAAACGUCGCAAAGACUCAUCCAGUUCCUCGGAGAACGUCAAACCGCAACCUGCGGGGACAUCCCGCGCUAAGCGUGGCAAGACCGCUGCUACAACUCCUGCGGCUCAAACCCCGACGCGCGUCUUGCGAUCGCGCAAGACGAAGACCGCUGAGCAGCUCAAGGAAGAGGCGGAAGCGGAGGCAGCGUACCGGAAAGCCACUGCGGAAUAA